UGGGCUGUCGAGUAAUGUUUGCUGAGAUAAAAAUAAAAUGUUUAAGUCUCCAGCCACAUAUUUGCGUUUGCAAAUACAGAUUUAAUUAUUAAACACUGAUAAACUCAAAGUUCUAAACAUUCGUUUUGUGAUCUGUAGGUGUUGUGUAAUUUAUAAAUUCAAAAUGAAGCUGUUACAAUUUAUUACUUCGAGUAUUUACCAAAUAGUUGCGUUGAUUUUCUUUAUUGCAUUUCUUUUGGGAGUGUUAAAUAUACAUUUUAGUGACAAAAAGAAUUACUGUGAAAUGACCUACAUGUAUGAAUAUCCCCAGUUUGUGAAAAUAUCUUUGGAUGAAAAUAAAGAGUUUCCGCAAUAUGGCCUCUACGCGUAUAGUGAGGGAAGAUAUACAGAACGUGCCAGAAAAAUGUGGUUUGAUGGUGUUCCAGUAUUAUACUUGCCUGGUAACUCUGGGAGUCACAUGCAAGCUCGCUCUCUGGCCUCCGUAGCUUUGAGAAUGGCAUUGUCUAGAGGAUAUGAAUUCCAUUUUGACUAUUUCACAAUAAGUUAUAAUGAAGAAUUAUCCGGCCUUUACGGAGGCGUUCUACAAAGGCAGACCAAAUUUGCCGCAGCCUGCAUAUCUAAGAUACUCAGUCUGUACAAACCUAACAAGUAUACUAAGUCUGUGCCUUCUUCGGUCAUUGUGAUUGGUCAUUCAAUGGGGGGCCUCAUAGCCAAGCGUCUCCUCGCCUACCCAAGCACAAUAUCCACCACAAACAUCUCAAUCGCUCUAGCAGCACCUUUGGCAGCUCCGGCCAUCAAUUUCGACUGGGAAAUGGACAACUUCUACUCAGCCAUGGAGAGAGAGUGGGAGAUAUUGAGCAGUGACAUGAGUGUGAAAGAGACAAAGAUGUUGAUCAGCUUUGGGAGUGGUGCAAGGGAUUUGUUGAUACCGGCUGGGUUGACCGCGAGUAAUGAUAGCGAUGUUAAUGCUUUGACAACAUCUAUCCCAGGCGUAUGGGUUUCCACAGAGCACGUGACCAUAGUGUGGUGUAGGCAGCUUGUGAUUACCAUCAAUAAGUUCCUAUUCUCGAUCGUAGACCCUGUGACUGAACAACUAGUACCGGAUAAAAACGUACAGAUGGCGCUGGCGAAGCAAUAUUUUGUGGCAAACCGUUCGAUGUUUUUGAAUCCUGACGUGACGCAACCGAACGCAACAAUGCUGGCUGAUGCGUUUUGGUAUGAAGAUAAUAGGAGGAUAUAUCAGAUUUCAAGGCCGGAGAUUGACAAAAUGACCUACCUAAUGAUACGACUAGUAAGCUUCCCUCAGAACCGAUUCGUCGCCAUAGAAUCUGUCAACUUGGACGACAAAGACUGGAUAUUUGGAUGCAACGCGCAGUACGCUUAUAACUCAUAUCGAUAUUGCAAACAAGGCACAUCACUAUCGGAGCUUAGUCGCUGGACAGGGGCAGACACUAACUUUGGCAAGCGGAAACUAGCGACCAUACACCUCCACGAUUUGGUCGAGAAACAUCCUGACUGGUCGCAUGUUAUCGUCAAAGUGUCGCCAACCAGGAGACCGGUAACCCUAAACGUCGACAUAAACGACCACGCCUCCCGUCAACUAACCGUCGACGUACCCUCGCACUUCUCCUUCACUCGAACGGUUAUAAAGCAAGAAACUGAAGCCUACAGCAUAUACUACGAGUUAUUACUACCAGGCUUCAACGCUAUAUGGCAGGCUUACCUGCUAUAUGUGGAACCUAUUGCAUGCAAAUCGGAGUAUCAUGUCUCCGCGGAAAUGCAGGUCCCAUGGGCUGAGAACCAGGAGUAUUAUCAUUAUUUCACACACCUAAAGAAAUCUCCUAUGAAGCUGCGUCUAUACAAAACACAUCCGAACGUGACCCGGGGGCAGGACGCAAACGAGCACGUCAAAGUGGUGCUACUGUUGGAUCCGCAGUGCAAGUAUACUAUCAGCAUCGCAUCCUCCUGGUACCACGUGCUAGCUCAAUCCGUUCGCGCCUUCACUCCAGUACUAAUAACAUACGUCGGUGGAGCGGUUAUACUCAUAGCUAAGAGCGUGCUAAUGAGUCUACAUGGAGUUGGUACCUGCUUGUCUAUACAUGGGGCGUUGAGGAGUGAUGACUUGAAACCUUAUGCUCCCCUGGUAUUCGUCCGGGUGCUAAUAACUCUGUUAAUGGCUUUCCCUAUAUGCACAUACCUGCUAGACAACGCCAGUGCUCACAACUACGAGAUGCACUACUUCAUCCGCUCCAUCAUGGUGCUGGCAGCUUACUUCGUGGCGCUAGGGCUGCUGAACGUGGCGGCCGCUGGCGUGCUUUUCACUAUGGUGUUCUCCUCGCAACUGGCGCAUAGGAUGCUGUUCCGGAUACUGUGGAGAGGCGGCCAGGGGUUGGCUGAGAGAGUCGCUGUUGGAUUACAAAAGGUACCUAUGGUAGUGAGUGCAGCGCUCAUCACACUGGCGCCACUGUCGUGCGGCGCGGCCGCGCUAGUCGCCGGCGGCGCUUUCUACGCAUUUAUGAUAUCCAAAAUGUACGAAGAAUACUUAGAAGACUAUUUCUACAAACUGGCAGCCAAAUACGCAUCACGUUUCUGUCGCGCGUUUAGAAAAAAUAAAAAUAAAGAAAAAACAGAAACUGACAACUCUCUCGUACCAACAGAAACAGAAUCCGCUGUUGUUAAAGACGAUACUAGUACUUUAGUACAACGUAAAACGAAUACAAAUGAUAAAAAUAAAAAUACAACAGAUACUAAAGUUUCAGAAGUUAAUAAAGAUGAAAUAACAGAUGCUACUGUAAAAGACAGAACAGAAGUUGCCAAAGGUUCAGAAGUGAAAGACGAAGGGGACACAGAAGAAAAUAAAGAAGUAGCUUUAAUAAAUAAAGCAGAUGAUAAAAGUGACAAAGGUGAUAAAGAUAAGAACGAAUGUGAUGAUGUUGAUGGAGAGCUGUUGUUGAGCGACAUAAACUUCCAUAUGAUGAUGUUCUUUCUGUGGGCGGUUGUGGCUUUAGUUAAUGUGCCUGCGCUUUUGACGUGGGCGAGGAAUUUCAAAUACAGCAUGGUGCUCAAGCCAGACAAUUCAAGGUUUCCUGGGCUCAUUCUUUCCAUUUGUUCGACAUGCAUAUGGCAAAUGGACGGACCAAGGAAAAACUUAAAAAACUACAACAUCGUAGCUGGAAUAAUCUUCGUAAUAGCAGUAAUAGUGUUAACUCUAGGCCCGCUCUCGCUAACCUACGUCAAUUUCGGCGUAACUUUAGUCUUCGCUCUCAUAACUGCUCAACAGCUUUUCGACCAGGAAGAAAUUGACGAUGACUCUCAAGACAGCCAGGACCCACAGGACGCCGAACUUACUGACCAGAGUCAAGAAUCGGACCAAGAAAAGACCGAAAGUAAAGAAACCAGUGAAAGUGAGGAAAAAAACGAAAGUGAGGAAAAAAAUGAAAGUGAGGAAAAAAACGAAAGUGGGAGAAGCGAAUGUGAUCCUUGCAAUGAAAAUAGGAUAUACAAUGUGUUUAAGAAUCUUAGGGAUAAGUUUAGUUUUAGCGAGGAAUGAGCAACGACUGUGGAUACUUGUUUUAGUCAAAUUUUGCGUACACAGCAAGCAAAUGGCUACCUAAUGAUUGUCCGAAAAUUUUCUGCGUAAUGAGAUUCUUCCAAUCAUUAUUCGGCCAAAGAAGCCGUCGGCGAAUCGAAUUUUCGGAAAAUGGGGCACCCAAGAAAUUAGGUACCUAACUAAACGAAUAUUCAAAUAUUCGCGCGCGAGUGUGGAGGGCGC